AUGGCGCAAAGCACCGGUAUGGGCACGUCCACUCGGUCACUUCACGCGGAUGACGUGCUGAAUGUCGUGGCCGAUGUGGCGCCCCCCAUGCACCUGUCCACCACUUUUCGUUACUCAGAUGAUCCUUCCGCACUGGUCCCGGCGGCUGAAAAUGACUUUACUAAUGUUGACCCGACGACGCAUUACUAUUCGCGAGUCUCUGCUCCCGGUCCCAGUCGUUUCGAAACCAUCCUCUCGGCUCUCUUGAAUGGAAAAGCGCUUUCCUAUUCUUCUGGACUCUCAGCCCUCCAUGCUGCGCUCACGCUUCUCAACCCUCGUCGCAUCUCCGUGGGAGACGGUUACCACGGCAGUCAUGGAGUGAUCGCUCUUUUCAAUCGCGUCACAGGUCUCCAGAAGCUGCCCCUCAAUUGUGACGUCGACGAUCUGCAAAAGGGCGAUGUCAUCCUUCUUGAAACCCCCGUGAACCCCACCGGAAUCGCCUUUGACAUCUCCGCCUUUGCCGAGAAGGCCCAUUCACGAGGUGCCUACCUGAUCGUUGACAGUACCUUUGCACCUCCCAACCUCCAGGAUCCUUUCCUGUUCGGUGCGGAUCUUGUCAUGCACUCCGGCACCAAGUAUUUUGGCGGUCACAGUGACCUCUUAUGUGGUGUGCUGGCCACCCAGCGGGAGGACUGGGCUAAACAGCUCUUCACGGAUCGGAUCUUUAUCGGAUCCGUCAUGGGAAACAUGGAAUCGUGGCUCGGUGUGCGAAGUCUUCGAACGCUCGAAAUUCGCGUCCAGCGCCAAAGUGACAGCACCACUCGGCUGGUGUCUUGGUUGAACGGUGCACUGCAGGCAGUUGCUCCUGCACCGGGCUCCGAGGAGGCUGUCAUCCAGGCGGUUUUGCAGCAGGUAUUCCAUGCCUCGGUGCAGGAGGAUCAGGGGGAGUGGUUGAAAAAGCAGAUGCCGAAUGGAUUUGGCCCCGUGUUUUCGAUUACCAUGAAAGAGGAGCAGAUGGCGAGGGAAUUGCCGAGUCGGUUGCAUUUCUUCCAGCAUGCGACCAGUUUGGGUGGAGUCGAGUCGCUGAUUGAGUGGAGGACGAUGUCGGAUGAGAGUGUUGAUCGGAGAUUGAUGAGGAUCAGCGUAGGGUUGGAAAAUUGGGAGGAUUUGAAGGGUGAUUUGUUGAAGGCUUUUAGAGAAUCGGCCAGUCAAUGA